AUGUUUCAUUUAGUAUUUAUCCUAAUAGUUAUUUAUCAAGUCUAUGCUUAAACUAAACUUAAGCUGUAAGGUCCACAACCACUUUAUAUGGAUUGUAAAAACUUCUCAGAUGGUAUGAAAAUUUUUAUAAAUUUUAAGUGGAUAAUGGUUUUGUCGGAAAUUAAUACUUUUAUAAAUAUCUAUCUUAAGAAGGCACACUCAAAUCUUUAGAUUAAAUUUCAUUUAGUUUUUGGAUGAUGGUGCAUUCUAAGAUGAAAAUGAGUGGAAGAUAAAUUAUAUUUAGUUUUGUUGAUGGAUUUUCAUCAAAUCCUGUAAUAAUUAUAAUUUAUUUAGUAUUUAAAUUUGAUGCUUUAUUAUAGAAUAGAAUCAGGUGAUUACUAUUUAAAUUUAAUUAAUCAAAAAAUGACUCCCGAAAUUUUAAAAUUAAAAAUUGUUUAGUAUUUUAUAUGAUAUUAUAUGUUAGAGAAAAAGAUCUUUUCAGAGAUUCAUGGAGUCAUGUAUUUCUUUCAAUUGAUUAAAAAUCUUCAAACAAUACUUUCCUUAACCUGAAAUUUUUUUCAACUUAUAAUUUUUAGCUUUUUUAAGUAGUUGACACAUUAAUUAAUGAGAAGUAGAUAUUGAUCUAAAUUUUAGACUAAUUUUUAAAUUUAAUGUUCAUUCUAGAAUAACAAAUUAACCACUCCUAAUUAAUGCACUCACGGAUUAUAAGGCUUGCAUUAACCUAGCAAAUUUUGAUUAUAUAAAUGGAUGGUCAUCUAUGGACUAAGAAAUAUAUGUAGAUUAUGAACCCAUACUUAAAUUUUCAUUAAAACCUUAUGCAUCAGAAGGUCUUAUAGUAGAUAAAGUUUUUGAUCAAAUUAAUUUGAGACAAAGUACAGUUCCAAUUGAAUAUAGUGGAAAUAUAGGUUUGAAUUUGUAUAAGAAUACAUAGAUAGUUUACAAUUUCUUAGAAAAAUUGUCUUCUUUAACAAUAAUGUUUUGGGUUAAACCUUAAAAUAUAUAAUCUUCAUUUUAAUUUUUAUCUUUAACAGAUGAUGUUUUAUAAGAAACAAGUAUAGGGUUUGGAGUUAAUAAAAAUUAUGAUCUAUUGUUUUAUCAAAUUUAUUCUAAGUCUCCAAUUGGGGCUUUGGCCUCCAACACUUGGAAAAAAGUUACAGCUGCAUUUUUAGAUUUAGGUUUUAAUGCAAACUUUGUGCCAUUAAAUUAAAAAAAAGCAAUGAGAAUAUUUAUUGAUAAUGUCUAAACAAAGUUAGAUUUUGUUAUGAACAUAAAACCAUAUAAAAGAUUAGUUAUAGGACCUGUUUUUAUGGAUGAUUAUGGAUAAGAAGUCAUUGACAUUUAAGAUAUAAAAAUUUUUUCAGGAUAUGGAAUUAUAUAAACAUUUAAUCAUGAUUGUUAAAUGUUGGUUGGCAAGUAUUGUGCAUUUUGUAAAUCAGGCACUCAUUAUUGUAAAGAAUAAGAUCCUAAUGAUGACAUUAAAGUUUAUAAUUGUCCAGCUGGAUAUAAAGAUUAAAAUUAUGAAUGCUCUUAAAUUAUUAUUCCAAAUUGUCUCAGAAUGCCAUCUUCUACAUGCGAAAUAUGUGCAAAAGAUUAUCUAUUAACAAACGGAUAAUGUUUAUCAACUAAUUAAAGUGUUACAUCUCCUUUCGCUUGUUAGGAUCUUAAUGCACAAUUUUGCUCAAUCAUGAAUUCCAUAACUAAAUCUAUUAAAAUCAGAAGUGACAUAAGUAAAUUAUGCUUAAAUAAUUUAUACUCAUUCAGCUAAUAGACCUGUACUGGAACAGCAGUACUUUCAUGCUUGAAAUCUUAAUAUCGUUCGUAGUGUUUGUAGUGUUAACCUGGUUUUUCAUUAUCUGAAAUUAAAACUUGCUCAAAAAGUUGCUCAAAUAAUUUUAAGUUUUUAUAAUCAGAUGGUUAAUGUGUAAAUUAAUGUAAAAAAUAUUUAUUCAGCAUAACAUGUGCUUUUACAGGCAGCAUAUAAACUAAUUAAUGCAAUCCAUUAGAUACUUGUUUAAGCACUGAAAAGGAUCUUGGAUAUUAUUGUUUGACAAGUGCAUAAAGUAUUCCAGGAAAAACUAAGAGUUGUAAAAUAGUAAGAGGCAAAGUUUUAUAAGAUUAAAUUUUUCUUUGCCAUUAAAAAUGCAAAUAUUGUUUUGGCUCUAAUGAAAGAAAUUGUUUGGGUUGCUAUGACAAUAUGUAUUUCAAUCCUCAUACCACAUAAUGUUUAUCUACUUGCUAUAACCCUAAUUAGAAUGCCAGAUUUAUAUAUAAUAACAUAUAAAAUUGGAUGUGUGAAUUAGCAUGUCCAUCUUAUUUAUUAACUCAGGAUUUUAAUUGUGUAAAAGAAUGCAGUGAAGGAUAUAAAUUAUAUGAAAAUAAAUGCUACAAAACUAAUCUAAGUGAAAUGUAUGAAACAACAUUAGAUAUUAUAUAUAAAGAAAAAGAAUUAUAAGGACAAGUAGAAGUAGAAGUAGAAAAAAUAAAAACAAUUGACAUACUGAAGAAUUGUCCAGAAUUUUGUGAAUCAUGUAAUAGUGAUACAAUUUGUACAAAGUGUCUAAAUCUUUACCCUAUGGAUGAUAAUAUGUGUGUUAAAUCAUGCUACCCAAAAUACUUAGAGAUUAUAAAUGAUAUUUAUUCAUGUAAAUUAAGUUGUGACGUUGGAGAUUUAAUCUACAAAAAUGAUAAUAUUAAUGGAUAUCAAAUUAAUUAAUGUUUUAAGAAAAAAUGUGGAGUUAUUAGAGUCAAUAAAGAAUAUUAAACUUAUUAACAUUAAACAGAUUCACAUCGAUGUCUGUAUCCAUGUGAAGCAGGAUAUUAUGGUAACACUCUCCUUCUUUAAUGUUAACCAUGUAGUGAUAAGUGUAUGACCUGUGAAGUAUAUCCAUAAUUUUGCACUUCUUGUUACCCUAUGACAUUCUUAUAGGAUAGUGAUUGUUUUGAAUCAUGUAGAGGAAAGUUUUAAAAUUAUAUAAACUGGAAAUGCGAAGGAUCUUGUUCAACAGGAUAUAAAGUUGUAGAUAAAGUUUCCAAUAUAAAUGCUUGUGUUUCAAAAUGUGGAGAAAUCUUUGCCACUUUUGUUUAUUCUUGGAAUAAUAGCUGUUAUGAAAAAAAACCAGAAAUAGGAGCUUAUUGUAUAGGAUACGAAUGCUAUAACUGUAAUUAUAAGUGCAACACAUGUUCAGGUCCUAACGCUAAUUAAUGUUUAUCUUGUAAACCAAAAACUUAUUUAUAAAAUAAUGAAUGUGUUAAAUAUUGCAUUCCAUAAUUCUAGGAUAAUAUUAAUUGGUAAUGUGUUAAUGAAUGCCCAAUAGAUAGUUAUCGUACUUCAGGAAAGUUAUUAAUUAAUGGUAUUAAUCAAAAUGUUACAUGUUGUGCUAUUACUUGCUUAUUUAAUUAAUAUUAAUUUUAAAAUUAAUGCUUUAAUAGUUAACAAUCUGAAACUUACUGUUAAAAAAGAGAAAAUUAUUAUUAUUGUGAUAAGUGUGCCUCUGUUUGCAAAGAAUGUCAAAAUGCCUAUUCUACAUCUUGUUCAAAAUGUGCUAUUGGAGCUUAUUUAUAAGGAACUACAUGUUUCACUGAUUGUCCAGAUAAUGCACCUUAUAAGGAUGAUAACAAUUAAAGAUGUGUUACAACUUGCCCUUACUAUGCAGAAAAUGGUCGUUGCGUUUAUUCAUGUUCUCCUUCAUUUUACUAAUAUUAAUUAAAAAAACUUUGUUAUUAAAUGGGAUGUCCAUUAGGAACUUAUAAUUAACCUAAUACAAAAUAAUGUUAUAAUUGUUAUAUUGGUUGUGCAACUUGUACUGGAGGUCUUCAAAAAUAAUGUAAAACUUGUUUACCUGGAUAUUUUUUGAACGGAGGAACAUUUUGCAUGAAUGGUUGUACAGUUGAGCCAGAUUUAGUUUAAGAUUGGGUUAAUGGAGCAUGUGUGCAAUAAUGCCCUUAAGGUACAUAUUUACAAACAUUACCUGGAGGAGACCUAGCUUGUAAAGAAGAUUGCCCAAUUUAUUAUUAUUCUAAUAUAUGCGUUUCGAAUUGUCCAGAAUAAACAUAUUUAGAUAAAUAAAUUUGUAGAAGUUGUGCAAGUGCUUGUUCAGAAUGUUUUGGCACAAAAAUCGAUCAAUGUUCUAAAUGUGAUCUUGGAUAUUAUAUUGAAUAAACUACAUGUUAUGCAAUUUGCCCUGAUUAUAAGCCAUAUGCAAAUUUAGCUGAUUCAAGAUGUGUUGCUCAAUGCCCUGAUUAUUUAUACUUAAAAAAAAAUUAUUGCUUUAGUCCCUGCCCUGCCAUCUUAUACUAUUAUGAAAUAAAUGGUAAAAAAGAAUGUGUUGAUCAAUGCUAUUCAAAAUCUUAUUUAUGGCUUGGUAAAUGUUAUGAAUGUAAUUCAAUUUGCAAAGAAUGUUUUGGCCCUAAUAAUGGAAAUUGUCUUGAAUGUGAAUUACCUUACUUUUUGAAUUAAUAGACAUGUGGAGUCACCUGUCCUAAAUUUUAUGACUAAACAGAUCAUAUAUGCAAAGAUGCAUGUCCUGUUAAUUUAGUUAUUUAAGAAUCUAAUUGUUAAAAUAAAUGUGAUCCUGGAUAUUUAAUUUAUAAUAAGGUUUGUGUUAAAUAUUGUCCAUUUUAUGCAUAUUAAGUGGAUAACUACUGCUAUGAUUGUAAUUUUUUUUGUAGCUCUUGUUUUGGACCAACAUCUAAUGAAUGCUUUUCUUGUAAUGAUAAUUAUUUUUAAGAUGGAUAUAGUUGUAAAUCAGUUUGCCCUUAAUUUUAUAAUAAAGAAAAUAAAAAAUGUAUGCUUAAUUGCACUGGUCUGUAAGAAAUCACCGAAAAAAAAGAGUGUGUUUCUUAAUGUCCAUCAAAUUACAUAACUUGUUAAUCUAAAUGUGUUUUAGUCCUAUAAGAUGGAUAUUAUUAAGAUGGAAAAAUAUGUAAAAAAUGUGAUCCUAGAUGUUCAAAAUGCACUUCCCCAACACUUUGUUAAGCUUGUGUUUAAAAUUUUUAUCUUGAAGUUUAAUCUUGUGUGAUGAUUUGCUCGAAUUCUUAUUUGUACAUGGAUCCCCUUUCGAGAUCCUGUGUAACAAAAUGUCCUUACACAUUAUAUCAUUUAGAAUAAUAUGGAAAAAGAUUUUGUGUAGCUGAUUGCGCUUACAAACUUUAUGAUUAAUGUGUAUUAAAAUGUCCAAAAGGAAUGUAUUCAAAAAAUAAAGUAUGUACUAAAUGCCCUUAAUAUUGUGAAGAAUGUGAAACUGCUACAAAAUGUACAAAAUGUUUAUUGGGUUAUUAUUUUUAAAAUGGAUCAUGCUUAAAAAGUUGUUUAAAUAGUAAGACUGAUACAAAGAAUUUUAAGUGUGUUAAUACGUGUGAUGCUUCUUUGUUUGAAUAUAAAAAUGAAUGCUUAGAAAAUUGUCCAACAAAUCCAAUUUUGUAUAAAAAUAAAAAAAUAUGUUCUCUUUCAUGUCCAAAUAAUACUUAUUAAAACGAAAGAGAAUGUGUAGAUUGCAAUGCAUCCUGUUUAACAUGCAUAGGACCUACUAAUAAAGAUUGCAUAACAUGUUAAGAUGGAUUUUAUUUGGAUAAUUAAAUUUGUACCAAUGCAUGUUCAUCUUUAUAUGAUGAAGUCAAUAAAAAAUGUGUUCUUGCGUGUCCUAAAAAUCUCUUUAAGAAUUAAAAUAAAUGUGUAAAAAUAUGUGAUGCUUACCAAUAUAUUAAUAAUUGUGUUAACACCUGUCCACCAUAAACAUAUGCUUUGAAUUAAAAAUGUUUUGAUUGUUCUGAAAAUUGUCAAGAAUGCAAUUCUUUNGAAUGAUUAGACAUGUGAAGUCACCUGUCCUUAAUUUUAUGACUUAACAGAUCAUAAAUGUAAAGAUGCAUGUCCUGUUAAUUUAGUAAUUUAAGGUGUUAAUUGUUAAAAUGAAUGUGAUACUGGCUAUUUAAUUUAUAAUUAAGUUUGUGUUAAUGAUUGUCCAUCUUUUGCGUAUUAAGUGGAUAACUACUGCCAUGAUUGUAAUUUAUUUUGUACUACUUGUUUUGGAUCAUCAGCUAACGAAUGUUUUUCUUGUAUUGAUAAUUAUUUCUUAGAUGGAUAAAGUUGCAAAUCAGUAUGUCCUUUAUUUUAUAAUAAAGAAACUAAAGAAUGUUUGCAAAAUUGCACUGGCCUGUAUGAAAUCAUCGAAAAUAAAGAGUGUGUUUCUUCAUGUCCACUAAAUUAUAUAACUUGUGAAUCUAAAUGUGUUUUAGUCCUAGAAGAUGGAUAUUAUGAGAAUAACAAACAAUGCUAAAAAUGUGAUCCUAAAUGUUCAAAAUGCACCUCAGGCACUAUUUGUUAAGCUUGUGCAAAGAAUUUUUAUCUUGAAGUUUAAAAUUGUGUAAGUUUUUGCUCAAAUUAAUAUUUACAUAUGGAUCCUAUUACAAAUUAGUGUGUAACUAAAUGUCCACCUACAUUGUAUCAUCAGGAAUCAUUUGGUAAAAGAUUUUGUGUAGCUGAUUGCACUUUUAGAUUAUAUGAUCAAUGCGUAUCAAAAUGUCCAAAUGGAAUGUAUUCAAAAGAUAAAGUAUGUACAAAAUGUCCUUAAUAUUGUGAAGAAUGUGAGACUGCUACAAAAUGCACAAAAUGUUUAUAAGGAUAUUAUUUUCAAAAUGGAUCAUGCUUACUUAGUUGUGUAAGUGGUAAAACAGAUAGAAAAAAUAUUAACUGUGUUGAUGAGUGUGAUGCUUCUUUGUUUGAAUUUUAAAAUGAAUGCUUAGAAAAUUGUCCCACAGAUCCAAUUUUGUAUAACAAUAAAAAGAUAUGUUCUCUUACAUGUCCAAAUAAUACAUAUUAAAAUGAAAGAGAAUGUAUAGAUUGCGAUGCAUCCUGUUUAACAUGCAUAGGACCUACAGAUAAAGAUUGCCUAACUUGUUAAGAUGGAUAUUAUUUGGAUAAUUAAAUUUGUACAAAUUUAUGUUCAUCUUUAUAUGAUGAAGUUAAUAAAAAAUGUGUUAUCACUUGUCCUACUAAUCUCUUUUAAGAUUAAGAUAAAUGUGUAAAAAUAUGUAGUGCAUACCAAUAUAUUAAUAAUUGUGUUAACACCUGUCCACCAUUAACAUAUACUUUGAAUUAAAAAUGUUUUGAUUGUUCUGAAAAUUGUCAAGAAUGUAAUUCUCUUGGAUGCACAAUAUGUGGUUCUGGUACAUUUUUAAAUGAUGGUUUAUGUAGUAAUUAUUGCCCAUAUUUUUACAAUAAAGUAAAUAAUCAAUGUGCUUAAUUAUGUCCAAAAGAUACUUUUGUAUAUAUAGAUCAUUGUUAUUCAGAAUGCCCUGUGAGUACUUAUUCAUAUAAAAAUAAUUGUCUUUUGGCAUGUCCAGCUUUAACAGUUUAAGUAAAUAAUGCAUGCGUUUCAUGUUCUGAAAGAUGUUUAAUUUGUAAGAGUGAACAUGAAUGUUCAAAAUGCGAAAACCCAUAUUUUUUAUUUAAUGGUUAUUGCGUUGUGAAAUGCCCAAUAUAAUUACCUUUUUAAGACAUUACUAAUGGCUUGUGUGUUUCGACUUGUCCACCUGAAUCUUAUGAAAAAGGAUAUGAGUGUGUUAAGGAAUGUGAUUUGAUUAUACACUAAAAGCAAUGCCUCUAAGCAUGUCCUAUUGGGUAUUACGGUAAUGAUUAUUGUAAACCAUGCCGAUUAGAAUGCGAAGCUUGUUCAAGUUUUGAAAUUUGCACAGAAUGUAAUGAAAAUUUCUUUCUUGAAUUCAAUCAAUGUGAUACUUAAUGUACUAAAAUAAAAGAUUUAAAAUCAAAAUCAUGCGUCAAUGUUUGCAACAAUUUUUUAUAUAAGAAUGUUUGUUAUGAAACUUGCCCAAAUAACACAUAUGAAUUUAUAAACGAAUGUGUCUUAAAUUGUAAUAAUGGGUAUUAUGGCACUAUAGACUAUAAAUGCUAGAAGUGUCCCUAAUAAUGUGUAAAUUGUAUUAACUCUUCCGAAUGUACCAAAUGUACUAUAGGAUACUUUUUACAUAAUAAACAAUGUUUAGAUUAAUGUCCUGUCUCAUUUUUUUCAAAUCCUGUACUUAACGAGUGUUCAAAAAAAUGUCCUGUCACGACAUUUAUAUUUUAAAAUUCUUGUCUUUUUGAAUGCCCCUCUUAAUAUUUUAACGAUAUGGAUAAUUAUAAAUGUGUGAAUAAUUGUGGACCUUAAUAGUAUUUAAGUAAAAAAAACUGUUUAAAAUGUUCGAUAGAAUGUGAUUAGUGCACUGGAAAAGGAAAUAAUAAUUGCAUCAAGUGUGCAAGCAGUUUUAUCUUGACUGAAGAUGGAUUUUGUAUAGGCAAUUGUAAAGAUGGAUAUUACAAAUAAGAUAAUUCUUGUUAUUAAUGUAUACAUAAGUGUUAAACAUGCUCAAAUGCGACUGAUUGCAUUAAAUGUAGAGGGUUCAAUAGAAAUGCUGAAGAUUGUUCUUGUCCAAAAGGAUACUAUGAUGAUGAAUUCUAAGAUGAUUGUAAAAAAUGUCCUUGUGAUGAAUGUACUUCAAGUGAUAACUGUCUUAUAUGUAAAAAUAAUCUUUAAGUUCCAAAAUGUAAUUGCGAUAGAGUUCUCAAUGAUGAUUGGUGCAUUACUUGUCAAGUAGCUAAAGUCAAUAUUUAUUAUUCUGAUGAUCUAAAUCAAAUAAUAGUAAAUUUUGGUUAUUUAAUUUCUGUUAAUUUAAUAAAUCCAUUUUAACCUUCAAAUUGUUCUUCUUGGUUUGAUAAUUCAGAAAUUUUUGGUAAAAAUGCUUAAUGUUAUUUAUCUUGGAAUAGAUAUGCCGUACACAUUAUAUUAUAACCUUAUGCAUCUAUUAAAAUAGGAGAUUAGUUAAAUUUUAAGAGUUCUUUUUAUAGAGACGUAGAUUAAGGGAUUUGUGAUGAACUGUUUAUUGAAUAAUUUAUUGAAAAUUAAGUGAAAGAACCUUAAAGCUUCUCUAAACCUUAUAUUCUUUUUGAUGUUCCUUCAUUUGUUAGCACAUGCAAAACAAUAUUUAUUAAAUAAAUCUUAUUAGAUGGUACUGGUUAAAAACUAUAGACUAUUCUAUCUUGGACCCUUAAAGAAAUGGAAAAUGAGGAAUAAUUUCUACAAAUGGAUGCAUUCUUAGCUAAUCAAUAAAAUGAGAUUACUAUUCCUAUAGGUACCUUAUCAACAAAUGUUACAUAUACAAUCACAGCAAAGUAUAUUAAUUUCUUGUAAAGAGUUAAUUUCACAACAUUUUCAUUUACAACUCUCCCAAUACAAGCUCCUUAUGUAUUUUUAAGUUUUGAACCUCUAAUGGCAAGAGUUUAUGUAUUUGAUUGCCAUGUCUCUUACUCAGAUUUGAAAAAUGAAUUUAAUGUUGCUAUUGAGAUAUUAGGAAAUAACAACGAAUCAUACAUUUAAUUAACUUAAUAAGUAAACCCAAUUUAUGACAUUCCUCUGAAUGAGUCCCUGCUUCCUAAAGAAACUCCCUUAUAAUUUAUUGCUUCGACUGGAAGUUCGAUAAUAAAGGAAGUUUUUUUUUUAAAAUCGAAAGAAAUAGAAAUAAAUUUUUUAUAAAAAAAUAGGUUUAUUGGUUUGGAUAAUUAAAUUAAUGCAAGAGGCUUUGAUAGAAACAUAUAAGAUGAAAUUUUAAGCACAAAAGAAAUCGCUUAUGAAUGGCAAUGCAAUAACUUACAUAAUUUAUAACCUUGCAAAACAGAUGAAAAUCAAAUUAUGCAAUUUCCAUCUAGAAGAGUUGUCAAUAUCUUUGCUGAUAGUUAAAAUACAACUUUCGUAUUUUUCGCAAAAGCAUCUAAAGGUAAUAGAUGGACAGUCAAAGAAUAAUUGAUAAUCAUUACAGACUUUAAUAUUGAGGAAGAAUUUACUAUCAAUAAUGAUGAUCCUAAAAAUUAUAUUAAUGCAAAUGAUGAAGUGACGAUUUUAUUAAAAAAAUAACAACAAUAUGCAUUUAUAAUCUAAAAACACAAAAUUCUGGAAUCUUUCAAAAUAACAAGCUUGUCAUUUAAAUUUAGAUUAGCUGGUUUUACAACUGAUUAUAAAAGUCCAGUUUACAUUUAUUUGAUACCAGGAAACGAAUCAAUCGCUUUCAAACUAAACGAUCCACCUCUAUAGGGAACUUUUUAAAUAGAUCCAUUAAUAGGAGAAUCUUUAGACUAUUUUAAUUACUCUGUUACAAAUCUUUUAGAGGGAAAUUAUUUCAGCCUUUAUUAUUAUUUUGAAAAAUCCAUGGUGGAAAGUGAUGUAAAUACAUAGUCUACAAUUAAUGGAAUUCCACUGGUCAUAAACACAAAUGUAACUUCUGGAUAAUUUUAAUUGCCUAAUGGAAUCACAAAUAAUUCAAUAUCUGUUCUAUGUGAGAUUCAUUCAAAUUACGGCGCUAAAUCUUACUUGAGAUAAGAUGUUUAUGUGGUAAGAAAAAAUUAUGAAUUUUAAUAAUUGUACAAAUCAUUCACUAAUAAAACUAAUUUAGAAGAUUUAUAAAGUCUUCACACUAUGAUUGCAUUGAUUUAGCUUGAAGAGCAAUAGGUUUGUUUGAAACAGUGUUCAGGUGUUGGAACCUGUGUUAAUGAUAAAUGUUAAUGCCCUCCUGGAUAUUACUUUGCUGAUUGCAGCGGAAAUUAAGACUAAUAAAAUUAAUUUAAUGAAUUUUUAAAUAAUGUUAUGUUAUCUUUGAUCAAGAGACCAAUAAAAAAUAACUAAGAAAUGAAAUUAUUUAGUGAAUCUCUUUACUUUUUAUAAUCAUUUAAUUCAAACAAUACAUUAAGUUUAGAAGAUUGUUAAACCAUAUUAUAAUCGUAUAUAGAGAACACAAAUUAAAGAUUAGAAUAGAUAAAUUAAUAUUCAAUAAAUUUAUAAUAUUAAUCUACUGAUGAUUUUAAUUACUCCUAAAUAGACAUUCGUUCUUUAAUUAAUAAAAAUGAUUUACAUAUCGCUCUUAAAAGUACUGUUUUUAUGUGGGAAAAAACAAUAUUUACUUAAGGUUCAAAUAUUUAUUAAUUACAAAAUCAUUUAGGCAACUUUAUAAAUAACAUUAUUGAAUUAUCUAUCUUUGCUUUAAAUCCAAACGAAAAAAUCGAUUUUUCAAUCGAUACUGCAUCCAUAAUUAUUUAUAAUUCCAAAACUAUCCCUUAAGUUUCUAAUAGAAUUUUGGAAGAAAUCCCCAAUAAUUAUUCAACAAGCUAUGAUAUCGUUUAAGCAAUCUAUAUUAGAAACUAUUAUGCUUUUGAUGGAUAUUUUCCAUAUCCACAAUAAAUUUAUCCAUUAUAUAACUUUUUAAUCAGAUCAUCAAAUAGAAAAGAAAAUAUAGAAUUAGAUUAACCUAUAUCCUAUAGAUUUGGCAUUUAAAAUGAUACAACAAAUUUAGUUUGUUUAUAAAGAAAUUCUAAGACUUAUGAAUGGUCUAAUAAUAAUUGCACUAUUUCUUCCAUAAAUUCAACUUACUUUUGUAAUUGUACUACUCUUUCACCUACAACAAUUUGUAAUGACUACGAUAAUAUUUAUGAAGGUACACCAGGUUUCAAGCUAAAUCUUCCUAAUAUCUUCUAUAUCAUUUACAUUUUUUAAUUAAUAAUUAUAGCUAUAUUUUUUAGUAAAGCUAAAAUACAUGAUAAUGAAAUAUCAAAUGAAAAUACAAAGUUUGGCCGUGUUUUUAAAUUAGCUAAAAGUCAUAGAGUGAAUAUUAUAGGUAAUUAAGUUUAUCCAGUUGAAUAAGAAAAGGAUACUCGGGAAUUAAUAAAAAAGCCAUAAAUUAACAAUAAUGAAUAAAAAAAUGAUAAGUUUCAUUUUAACUAUUUUUGGGUAAUUAAUUUUAUUUAUUUAGAAAUAUCAUUGCUUAACAUAGUUGAUAUUUAAAUAAUUAUCUUAUAUUAGCCCAUUGAUGAGAUCUCUUUUAAUAUUAUUAAGAUGGAAUUCAGCAUUAAUCAUUGGGGAAGUGUUAUGUUUAUCACAAUUUGAAUAUUAAGUUUCCAUUUGGAUAAUUCUUGCAUCAAUCAUUAUUUUAAGAUUAAGUGAAAAUUUUUUCAAAGUAUGAAUAAUCAUAUUUUUAGAAAAGAAUAAAGUAUUUCUUUAUUUUGAGACAGCAAAUUCUUGUUACAAUUAUUAAAAUCUUUUUAUUGUUGAUUCUAAUCUUCACAGUCUUAUGUGAAUUAUAUUUUUAUUUUAUGAUAGUCAACUAAACUAAUUUAGUAAUUUAUCAUAAUUAUUCUAGAUUGUUUCAUAUAGUGGGGCAAUAUUAAUUGAUGUCCUUCUUAUCGAUAUUAUUAUUUUUAGCGCGAAUAGAUUUUUAGGGGAAAAUAAAAAGAAGAAUAUAAGAAAAAGAAUAAAAGAACUCAAAUAACUUACUAAUAUUUAAAAAGAGAAAGAAUGA